AGAAGAGGCCAUCUCAGUUGCAACUUCCCAGGUUGUAAAUAGUCCAGGGCUCUCUCUCGCCAAGCGUGUCAUGGGUGCCGGUCAGGAUGCAAAGAGUGACUUGCCCAAUGUCGUAGUAUCCGUAGACCUGCACAGGCUCUCGACACUGUUGCUCGCUUGCUCUUGUAGCCAGCUAAUUGUCAAUUUGAAGAGUUUUCACUCCCUUUUCCCCAACCCCAGGCUCAGCUUCGUUGAUCCCCGAGUGCCCCUGUCCGAGAGUGCCGAACAUGGCGAUGGUGUGCCGCUGAAUCCAUCCCUCUGCUCAUUGCCGGGACUACUGUACAGAGUGUGUAUCCGUAACUUUGUAGUUCGUACUCGCGCAGCAGCCUAUGACUACAGAGCGUCUGAGGCCCCAAAGUCUGCCCUUUGCUUCUGCUUCCGCUGUGCAGGGCUCGCUACAUGGGACGGGACGGGGCUGAAUGAUUGGACGUAUUGCCGGGGGCCCGCGAAGCAAGGGGUCACCAAGGAAGAAAGGGUAUCUGUAAGGAUUAGCCAUCCGUAGCCUGUUCGCAGUAAGGAUGGGCAAGGUUCAAGGAAGAUUUGGUGGAGGCUGCUGACGGGGUCCAGCGCUCCCUAAGCUCCGGCUACCAGCUCCCAGCUUGCCAGCUUGCGGAUAGACGUGGGAUGCUGAGGUGGGACGGCGG